CAAUACAGACAUCCUGGGGAGGUUAAUAGUGGCGAAGGUUGGGCAAGAAAGCCCUCCCGGUUAGAUCCGAUGCCCAACGAUCCGGCCAGAUCUUGGCUCCGGCUCUCCACCGAUCUCUCCCUCAUCUGCCCUUUCCACCGACAAGCCACCAACAUGAGCCUGGACAGCUUGCCCUAUGUCGAUCGUGAACUCGAAGUCGAAGGCGCUCGGGACUAUGUGCAGUCGUUGAUUGCCGAGGAGAUCAAGAAAUCACAGUCGAGGCCGGAGAAUCCGUUCCCGACAUACACGAAUCUGUUUGAGGACGAUCCCCUUCUGAAACAAGAGCUCGCUCGAGUCCGCGCCGGCACUCCGUUAAAUGCGAUCGACAUCAGCAAGUUCCGGCUCGAUGCCCCCGCCGAGGACCAGGCGGACGAUCCCGAUGCAUGGCUCGCCGCCGUCGAAAACGCCCAUGCCCAGCUCGAACACCAGCACAACCGACUGAUCAACUUGGAGCUGAUGAACAAGUUUGGUGCCAAUGCCUGGAAGCUCUACAACUUCCAGCUGGAGCAUACGGUGCAGGCCUUUGAACGCAAGAUUGAGGAGGAGCGCCAGGCCAUUGUCGAGAUCAACAAGCAGCGAAAGCUGGAUCAGCAAGCACACGGUACCAGUCUCUAUGACUACCAGCAAAAGUACAUGGAGACGCUGAACCAGGUCGUGCAGCUUGAUGUGGCGCUCAUGGCUCUGGAAGCCGAGGUGGAGAUGCUGCGGGAGUGGAAAGCCAAGAAUGUGGAUGCAACAAGUGCAUGAGGCAAUUUGUGGGUGUGAUCUCGAGAUUCUGUUGUGCCAGAUUCUCGAAUAUGAACAUGCACUUGCGUUCUUCGACACUGCCUUGAUGUCCCGAGAUGCCGCGAGUAUUUCGCAUAUCCGUGUGUCGGGUCCCCCAAUCCCUUCAUCGGCAAGGAGGCGGUUGCUCACAUACGUGCAAAUGAGGGUCUAGAUAUGGGCUCAAGCCACCCGAGGGUCGAGGGAUCAACAACGGCGAUGCGGGGAGCGAUCGUUUGAGCUCCCCAGAUUGCCGGAGAAUGAGCUGCAGAUCCGAGCCGAUAUCUGGACCACUGGGUGAGCGCGGAUUCUCGUCGGCUGUGUGUUCUUGCCGAUAUUGCAGUCUUGCCGAUAUUGCAGUCUUGCCAUCAGUCGUGCGUUCCUGCCGUCUGCAGAAGCAUCAGGCACGCAGCCGAGCAGACCCUGCUGUUGGCUUCCA